AUGGAUAAGUUUCGUAUGAUGUUCCAGUUUCUUCAGUCCAACCAGGAAUCCUUCAUGAAUGGCAUCUGUGGCAUCAUGGCCCUGGCUAGUGCUCAGCUCUAUGCAUCUUUUGAGUUUAACUGCCCUUGCAUGCCUGAAUACAAUUACACCUAUGGAAUUGGUGUUUUGGUAAUCCCAGCUUUUUGGUUCUUCCUGCUUGGCUUUGUUCUGAACAAUAAUGUAUCCAUGUUAGUAGAAGAAUGGAGGCGACCAACUGGGCAGAGAGGCAAGGAUCCUACAAUCCUACGCUAUAUGUUCAUUUCCAUAUCUCAGCGAUCCCUGAUUGCUCCUGCCGUUUGGAUUUCAGUCACAUUAAUGGAUGGGGAGAGCUUUGUUUGUGCUUACAGUGUGGACCUAGAUGUGUAUCAGUUUGGCAAUGCAACGGAACAUGGGUUAUCAGAAGAGGAGCUCAUGAGAAUGCUUGCCAAAAUCCCUUGCAAACUUAUAUUUGAUGGCCAACACAUUAUAUCUAGAGAAGCAGCUACCAGGUACAUACAGUGUGUGUCACAGGCAUUUGGCUGGCUUUUCCUUCUGCUCAUUACAGUCAUUGCUUUCCUGAUCCGUGCCAUUCGUCCUUGCUUCACCCAAGCCGCUUUCCUCAAGACAAAGUACUGGUCACACUAUGUUGACAUUGAGCGGAAAAUGUUUGACGAGACCUGCACGGAACAUGCCAAAGGUUUCGCUAAAGUCUGCAUCCAGCAGUACUUUGAGAGCAUCAGUGGAGAGAUGCGUAGCUUCCAUGGCCACCUGCGUGGGGAUGACAGUGAUGAUGAUGAUGACGAUGAUGAAAAACACAACAAUGAUGAAGAUAAACUGCUAGGAAUUUGGGCCCAAGAUGAUAUGGAUAAAGUUCUAUGGAACUGGCACACAUGUAAGCCUCCACUAAGUCUGAGGAAGGAUGGAGUCAGUGAUGAUGCUAAAGGGGAUGCUAAUACCCAAGAAAUUGGUCUUCUUAGUGAUGCUAAUGUAAAUGGCACCACUGUAGAUGGAUAUGAUAAUGCUAGUUUUAGCAUAGACCAAAAGGGCUUUGGGAGUGGAUACAAUAAUGCCCAUUUUGGCAUAACCCAAAAUGACUUUUCGAAUAGCUUUGUGAAUGGUAAUGUUAGCAUGAACCAGCACACCUUUGUGAAUGGAGAUGGUUACCCAUCAAACACUAUUCAGAAGAAAGAGUGGGCUGUAUACUACAGCAAGGUCUGA